AUGAAGCCUGAGUCGGCCUCCAAGCUAAAAAGUCUCCUCGAGGCUGAUCCAGGUCUGCCGAGUGAGUCUGCGCCGCCCAGCUACUGGAUGUUGCCUGAGCAUCCUAUCUCGUCAAUCCAGUCUGCCAUUCUCCCGGACAAGACCGACGUGACAGUCCUUGGGGCAGGCCUCACCGGCACCAGCGCUGUGAAAAGCCUGUUGGGGACAACUGAUGAUUCUACCACGAUUGCGGUGCUGGACGCGAGGACGAUAUGCUCGGGAGCGACGGGCCGCAACGGGGGAAACCUUCUCACCCCAGGGCCUCUCUUGUACAAUCACCUACGUUCUACCUAUGGACCUGAGUUGGCUCAUAAGUUUAUUGAUUUUACGCACCGAGUGGUGAGUACGACAAAGGAGGCUAUGGAGAAAGUGGCACCUGAACAAUCUGAAAUACGUGCAGUUACACGGAUCUAUGCCUACAAAGACCAAGGGUUGUUCCAGGCCGCCAAGCAGAGCGUUCUUGAUUACGAGGCAUCAAGGCCGGAGAGCAAGGGAUCGCACAUUAUACUUGAAAGAGAGCAAGUCAUCAAGAAAUACAGUGUCCGAGGCAUUGUUGGGGCCAUUGAACUACAGGCCUACUCAGCUUGGCCGUAUCGGUUCAUCACCGAAUUUUGGGCUGCGAUGAUUGAGGAACACAAGUCUCGACUCAGCGUCGAGACAAACACUCCAGUCACCAAGAUUGAGUAUGAUCCGGACCCUGCGCAUCCCAACCAUCCUUAUGUCUUGAGCACCCCCCGGGGUGUCAUUCGGUCGUCUCGGGUUGUUCACUGCACCAACGCAUACUCGCCACAUCUGCUUCCAGGCCUUCGCGGGAGGUUGUACCCAUACAGAGAGACCAUGACUGUACAAGACCUCGGGGCCGGCCACGGCGAGCUGCGUUGCUGGGGGAUUAUCCAAGAACCCCAGACUGACGCCAUAACCGGUGCCAUGACAUCCCAACUCCUCUAUUUGCAGCAGAACCUCAAGUCGGGGCAGUAUUUCUUCGGCGGGGGCUUCAACACCAUCCCUGAGAUUCUCAACACGGAUGACACGCCUACCGAUCCCAGAACAUCACAGUAUCUCCAGUCUGAGCUAUCCAGCUUUCUCGAUGCACCGCGGGAAGCUCCCCAGCUUGUGAGCACAUGGACAGGUGUGCAGGGAAUGACCUCGGACUCGGCACCACUGGUCGGUCAGGUACCCAAGGAGCUCAGCGGUCGAGAUGGCAGUGAUGAGUGGAUUGCAGCCGGCUUCAAUGGAGGAGGCAUGUGUAUGUGUUGGUUGGCCGCAGAUGCUCUGGUGACUAUGAUGAAGGGCGAGCCAGUUCCCGAGUGGCUGCCAGACUUCUUUGUUAUUUCCGAAGAGAGGCUGGCAGGGAAGCUCACUGUUGAACGGUCUGUGGAAGUGAUGGCUCCUUACUGGAAGCAGCCUAGUUGA